AUGUCCGAUCUGAAUACGUCACAGAUAAUAUUGGGAUGUUUUGUGGCUGUAGUGUCUUCAGCCAUUCAAUCCUUAGGGAUAACUUUACAAAGACGUUCACAUCUUAUUCCAAUACAUACCACAGACAUUCAUGAUAAUUCCCAUCAUAUUCAUCAGAAAUAUAAACGAAAUAUGUGGUUAUUUGGAUUCUUCUUAUUCAUUAUAGCAAAUGUUUUAGGUUCAUUGAUCCAGAUAUCAACUUUACCUUUGAUCAUAUUGUCUCCUUUACAAAGUAUAGGUUUGAUUUUCAACAGUUUAUUGAGCUGUUUAUUAUUACCAGGAGAAACUUUCACAUAUAAGUUGGGGAUGGGGACUUUUGUCAUAUCUAUAGGAGCUUUUAUCAUAGCAUAUAAUGGUAAUGCUACUCCUUUACCACCACCAGAAGAUCUUAGUCCAAAUAAAAAAUUCACCAUUAUUUUGAAUAAACUUUUAAGACCAGGAUUUCUUGUAUGGUUCAUCUUCACCUUUGUUCUCAUAAGUUUGUUGUUAUUGACCAAUGUAAGUAUAACUUUUAAGAGAAACAAAUUGAAAGAAACUUUGAAAUAUAGACAAAGCAAAUCAUUAAUAAGAUACCUUGAUAAAUUAAAAUUCACGAGAGGAAUAAAUUUUGGUUUGAUUUCAGGUACUUUGACUGCCCAUACAUUUUUAUUUGCCAAAUCGUUGAUCGAUGUUAUAGUAGAAACUAUCAUGAAUGAGAAGAAUAGUCUUGGAAUCAUUUUAACAUCAUCAAAUAUUACACCAUACGUAUUAUUGAUCAUAAUGUUGAUGAUUGUUGGAUUUCAAUUAACAGCUUUCAAUUUAGCUUUAUCACAAAUAUCAACCUCAAUUCUUUAUCCUUUAUGUUUCUUAGUAUACAAUAUGAUGAAUUUAUUAAAUGAUUUGAUAUUCAAUUCUUUGAUUUCCAAUCAUAGAAUGACUGUUGGCCAAUUAAUAUGGGUGGUUUUCGGAUUAACAGGUGUUUUAAUCGGAGUAGUUUUGAUCAGUUGGGAUUCAGCUGUUGGUUCCAAUAAUAUUAAACAUUUCCCAUGUAUUAAGAGUGAAGAUGAUUAUAUUUUACACACAAAAUUCCCUUAUACUGACCAUAAAGUUAAUGAUGAUACACCUUUACUAGAAUUAGAUUCAUCCUUUAAUUCUUAUGAUUCUAAUUAUUUGCAUCCAAAUGUUUACCCCAGCAGACAACAUUCCAAGAAGAAAAGAAUUUUAUCGUUCGAACAGAAACAAUUACUCGAACAACUUGAUUUAUAA